AUCUCAAGCGCACAAGUUAAACAACACCUUUUACUAAAAACCAACCAUGGCUAUUUCCGACAAGACCUCGAACAACAACGCCGCCCAGCAGGAGUUCUCGAAGUUGCAAGAAAUGAUGCAGAACGGUGCCAAUGAAGCAACGAACUACCUUGAUUCCCUCAAGUCCAAGCUCACCGACUACGACAGCUCGCACAAAUCGUCGAAGGAGACAGCCUCAUCCUAUUUCGAGAGCGUCAUGGACCGGGCUAGAAAGUCAGUGGAUGACUUCAAGCAAAAAGCCGAAGAAGUUCGCAGACAAGGGAACAACGCAUCGGACUAUGCUGUCGAUGCCGCCAAGCGCUCCAUGGAGCAGGCGAACUCGUCACUUGAUGACCUGGGCAGCUCCGCUCGUGAUUACGACCAGCGCGCGCGCGACCACAUCAGCUCAGGCGCGGACACUGCCAAGGACAAGGGCUCCAGUACCCUGUCAUCCAUGCAGGACUCCAUCUCGUCGCUCUUUUAUUCCACCCGCGAGUCGACGUUCCAUGGCUUUGAGUCAUUGCAGGACCAGUUCGGAGCUACGAAGAAGGCGAUGGGAGAGCGAGCGUCCGCCGCAGCCGAUGGUAUCUCCAACAAAGCGUCCGAAGCUUCGAGCAAGAUGAACCCGGAGGAGCCGUCGUUGAUGGAGCGAGCGACGGGGGCCGUGUCGUCGGGGGUGAACUACGUGACGAGUGCGAUCACCGGCGAUGAUAAAUCGGGGCACUAACAGAUCGAAGGUGAGAAGGACAGACGAACGCGAUCUAGUGGGGUUCAAAGUCAUUCAUAUUAGCCUGCGUAACACGAAUCUAUUGAGUCUUUAGCUUCACUU